AAAUUAACUUCCUAUAGUCAGUAACUAAACUUAUUUGAAAAUGGUAGAAAAUGGAAAUAAGAAUAUUAUAUUAUUACAUUUGUAUUAGUAGUGUUCUUACACCUUACCUAGAUGCAAAACCUUUUUCACUCAACGACGUUAUUGCCGCAGAAAAAGCAACCCAACCACCUGAAAACAUCUUUAAAUCGCAUAAUAUACCACAAGGCAAGAAGAUAUCUUCUUUAAAGUAUAAAAAAACAUUUCAAAUAAAAUCACCUACAAACCCCAAGAAAUUAAAACAUUUACAAAGACCCCGAAACAAACGUAAAAAACUAACCUCAAAAAGAGAAAUUCAUCAAGAUGAAAAACAUACUAAGUAUAUACCUUUACUUAGAAAUAUUGGGAUGUUAUUUGACAAUAUUCUCAGUUCAGGUUCGAGCGAAACCUAUGACACAAGAAAAUACAAAUACAAGAGAAAUCAAUUUAUUACCGAGGACAGUGGCGAAAGACCGUGCACAUGCAUCAGUAAACAUGAUUCAGAGAACAGAUCUGAUCCGAAAGAAAAGACAUUUCCCGCGCCUUCUACCACUGAAGUCGAGAAUGAGACUUCCAGCUCUGUCAUUAUUACCACCACGCCAACCUAUAAUUUUGCCAAUGAUAACAUCAACCGUAUCAGACACAAUAAGAACAUAUCCUCAAUACUUACAAGAGAUUCCUCUGGCUUUUGGAGAAACAAUACUAGAUUCCGUAAGAGAAGCGGCCCCUCAUAUAACGGGAGCUUUGAAGGACAUAUCACCGGGGUUCGAAGAAAUAAUGAAUAUCUUGCCAUCGACGGACAAGGGGAACUCGAUAUACAACACGAUGAAGAAAAUUCCAACAGCCAUUCACGAAACAAUACAAGUAGCCAUAGAUCCAGUGGAGGAAUACGAAGAAUCAGAACAGAUCCCCGAAAUUCAAAGAUUUAUAGAGGAACCGAUAAAGCAAAAAAAACUGUUCUCUCGGCAAAUGAAACCAUUGAAGACGAUUCAAGAAACAUUCCAAAAUACGAAAGAAAUACUGAAUUCGAAAUUCGAAGAAACGAAACAGAAAGCGCAAUAUUUUUACCGGAAUUUACUUCAAGAUUACGAGAAUAUAACACCGAGGAGAAAAACACAUCGAUACGAGUCGCCGAAUCUACUGAAAAAAUCUUCGAUUACUCCAGUAAUAAACGAGUCAUUGGCAGAAAUGGCUCUUAUACCGAGGAAAAUAAAGAAAAUCGUAGAACAGAUAAAGCAAUAACACCCUAUUCUUCAUCGAAUUCAACUUUUCCAUUUGGUAAGGUUGUAAUGAUUUUCGAUGGUUACAGUGUAGCUAGGGAUGUUAAUGGUGAGAACAAAAGAAAGGAAAAAGUCAUUCAUAUUCACUCCUAA